AUGAAUCGAUUCCGCAAACACAAGAAGGCGAAGGAGCCCGCGGAGGACCAAGAAGCGACAUCACCAGGAUUCAGUCUGAAACCGUCAAAGAAGAAGGCCGUACCGGAACCCAAACCAGAUUUCGACCUAUCAGCCGCACUGCCCCCGACAGACAACUUCCGCACCAGUCUCUUAAUGCCUAAAUUGUCCGCUCGAUUUAGCAUGCUGAAGGAACAGGACGACCCACUUUCAAUGCUGGGCAAGGCCAGUGAUGAUAGCGUUUUGUUUCCCAAACGCGCUUCGCGACUCAAUUUGUUCGGCCACAGCCCGGCCAUGCUGGCAGACAUCGACGAAGUUUGCUCCAAUGACGGUAGCCGACCAUCCCUUGCACUGGACCGUGGUUCUUUCGCUUCUGGUGGGGAUGGCUAUGGUACAGACGAUGACCGAUCCCAAGCGGGCAGUAUGAUGAGCAGAGCCCGUCGCGCCGAAGGCAAUAAUCUGUUCGGAGGUCGCCAAAAGAUUUACAAGAUCCCCGUUAGAUCGCCGGGAGCAACAACUCCCGAUGCGCCAGAGGCUGCUAACCGGGGAAUGGGAAAGCCGGUCUAUGACCACGACAUGAACCUAUCCGCUUUCCAGAAGUUGCGCCUCAAGGAGAAGGAAGAGAGAACAGCGGAGGCCGCUCGGGAAUCUGGAUAUGCCGCCUCAACUGCUUCAUCUAACAGUCGGGCCACAUACUCCUCCACCGCAUCCGGGCCUCUGUCAACAGUUCCAACGUCAACUGGAGCAACCUCGGCCGACGAGUCACCGAUGAACACAUCCCACUCUCCAGUGACUGGUUAUCCGUUCCCGGAAACACUUCCCGAGGCCCCUCGGCCCGGUCCUGCUCCCAUGUCUGCCCCGCGCAAUGGUUCGAUUCGCAAUCGUCGUCUCUACGGACAAGGAUUGACCCAGGCUGCUCAGAGCCAACAGAGCUCAACCUUGAACCGUCUGGAGAGUCUGAGCCGCCAGCGUGCCGGAACUCCAGAUCUCCCCUCUCUGAAUCGCAACUACUCCAGAAGUGCCACCAACCUGCGGGAUCGCCUGCAAAAGCUUGCAAUUGUCGAGCCCGCUUCUACCGCACGGCCGACUAGCCCUCCUUCCUCCGCAACAUCACCGAAGCCCCGCAUGUCCGGAGAAGCCGCAAUCAGAGACCGUCCCUCGCCAACAGCAGCAACAUUUGGGGCUCCCCCUGAGCCCGCCCACAAGCGAGAACGACGAGAAGAUCAUGGAAAAGCUACCGCCAUGGGCUUAUUCAACCGACCUGUCACUGGUUUCGACGAGCAGGCAUUCUCCCGCCGCCAACUCCAAAUGCACCAAGGACGAGAGACUCCGCCUCCGCGUCGUGCAUCACCCCCGCGACGACCUCUACCCGCGGAACCCGUGGGCCGUGCUCGCGGACUAUCCAAGUCCAGCUAUCGUUCCCGGGCAGGGUCCGCCUCGUCUCACUACAGUAGCGAUGCGCACCGCGGCAUUGAUAAAUCCGGUGUGCCCAGCGUUGAGGCUUCUCCCUUCAGGCCCGGAGUGAGGACUUUCUACGCCAACUCAUCUGCCAGCGAGUCUGGCGAUGAAGGGGAGAACCCUUCUUCGCACGAACCCUCAUCUGCCACUGCAUUGACCACCGAGUACGGUCCGCCGCUCCAGCACUCCAGCAUAGCAUCUAACAAGCCAUCGACUCCCACGAAGGAUCACCUCGAAACGCUCCCCGAAGUGAGAUACUCCGAUCUAGGUGAUCUUAGACCCAUCGCCGAGAACGACAUUGACUUCACAACUGCUUCUUCCGGCAUCAGCGAUAACACACCCAAGAGACCUGACUCGCCAACCCUGCAGCCAGAUCAAGGCUUUACUGGAGAAAGUGACAAAUCUUCCGUCUUCCCUCCUCCUUCGCCUCGUUUCCUGCAGCAGCAAAAUGAUACAGAGCCCCCUAAUACCGAGACCCAGAAAUCGACUGCCCAGCCACCAACCGCUGUUUCCAAGAUAUCCGAACCUCGCGAAGAGAGUCGGCCAUCGUCAACAACCCGCCCAGGAACCUCGAGCUCGCAAUCUCCUUCUGGACAUUCCGCGGAGGGCACGGGUUCUCGAAACAGCGAAGAGUCAUCCGCACCUGGAACUAUCCCCGGCACAGCUUCUGUAUCGACCGGUCCGUCCUGGAGGGAGGAAUUGGAACUUCACCAUCGCCGACAUGGGAGCACUGAAACCCAAAGGGAGCGAGAGGAAUUCGCCAUGGAGCUGGCAGAGAGGCGUAGAAAGGUGCAGGAGAAGCUUCGAAGUGUUGCUGAAAGCGAAAGCCGAUCCAGCAGCCCCACCCCGGGACGGUCAACUCCAGAUUUGUCCCGGACUGGUAACGCAUUCGCCAUGCUGAAGCAAAAGUCUAACAAGCAGGCUAGCGCAAAGCCGGAUCAAAAGAAAUUGUUCGGUUAUGCUGCUGGCAAUUCGUCCACGCCUGCUCUCUCUUCUGAUGACUCCUGGCGUGAAGAGGAGCGGCCCUCUUUCAACUUCGGCCGCCACUCCAACUCCAGCUCUCCCCAUAUUGGAUCGGAGCGUUCGCUCAGAUCUCGUAUGCCAUCUCUCAGCCGCGACAACAGCUACGAAGACUCGCGCGAGUCCAGCCGCAGCCGUGGCCCCUCGCCCUCGCCCUUCCGAGACCAGAGAGAUCGUGCAGGCUCGGAUGCAUCGGGCCGGUCCAAGAGUCGAACCAGACUUCGCGAACGGGAUGACCUCCAAACAGUGGACGAGGGUUCAAUCAUCGCACAUGACAACUUUGUUGUUCCGGAGGACUAUGAGCCUCCUGUGCCUACCUCGCGCCCUACGUCGAGUCGCCCAUCAGCAGAAAUGUCUGACUCCAUGAACUUCGACCGCACCCCCUCUGCCGCUUCGGGCCGACACCGCAGUACUAGUCGAUCCGGUACACCAAGCUUCCAAUACGAACGGCCAUUCCAGUUCUCGCAGUCCAACACAUCCUCGAUCAUCGGUGCUUCGCCCCGGCCCCCGCCUGCCGCCCCGGCCUACUCUGCGAAUGCCACUCCUCCGCUGAAUGAAAUGCCCACAGACAGCUCAUCUACAUCCCUGGCUUCUUCAUCUAGCAACUCGCAGAUUCCCCAACGUGGUUUGGGACACGGCUCCCUCCUGAAGCGCCCUGUGAACAAGAAGCAGAUCUCUGAGCCAACCUUUGUCUCAUCCACGUCAAACGUGCCUCUGGUCGGUCUCCCACCCGGAUCCGCGCUGCCUUCACCCAGCAGCGCACCUCCAGUGCCACCUAUGAACCCUCGCCGUCGCCGCGGCACCGCCACUCAAACCAUCUUGGGUGCGUUCAAGACCGACAAGACCGACAAGAACGACCUUUCACGGGUCGCUUCGCCGGCCCCGAGCACCGCGGACGAACACAGUGUCCUCCCGGACGAAGAAAAACGUCCGCGCUCCCGCAACCGUCUCCGCAAGACCUCGAGCGAGGCUGCUAACCUGAACGCGCGGGCGCGCCAGGAAUCCGUAACGGGCACUCCACCGGCUGUGCCUCAAUACCCGCCUCCCGCUAUCCCCGUCGAUGGAGGCAUGUUCUAA